UAACGUCACGUUGCAAAACGUGACCAGAGACCGUGGGCUGUCGUAAACGAGAGGAUACACACAGACACGGUCACAAACGCACUCACGACACCGGUGGGAUCUGCGAGCGUAAACUAAACUGAGUCGGUCGUGUAUUAGAACUGAGUUGCUGUGGUUUCAUCAUGGCCAGAAGCAGCAGAACCGUCAUAUGUUUACUGAGAAAUGACCUGCGGCUCCACGACAAUGAGCUCUUCCACUGGGCUCAGAGAAACGCAGAGAACAUCGUUCCCCUGUACUGCUUUGAUCCCAGACAUUACGUGGGAACGUACAAUUACAACUUCCCCAAGACUGGUCCGUUCCGCCUGCGCUUUUUGCUGGAGAGCAUCAGAGACCUGAGAAACACACUGAUAAGCAAAGGAAGCAACCUGGUGGUGAGACGGGGUAAACCAGAGGAUGUCGUAGCAGAGUUGAUCCAGCAGCUGGGUUCCAUCAGCACUGUGGUUUUCCACGAGGAGGUGACAUCAGAGGAGCUGAAUGUGGAGAAAAAAAUCAAAGACGUCUGUGCACAAAUGAGAGUCAAAGUUCACACCUGCUGUGGGUCAACCCUGUACCACAGAGAUGAUCUGCCCUUUCGCCACCCAUCUGAGUUGCCAGAUGUGUACACUCAGUUCAGGAAAGCUGUGGAGACCAGGGGCAGAGUGAGGUCUGUGUUUCCAACUCCUGACCAACUCAAGCCUCCUCCUCCAGGUCUGGACGAGGGAGUAAUUCCCACAGCGGAGGACCUGCAGCAGACAGAGCCUCUGUCUGAUCCUCGCUCAGCCUUUCCCUGCACUGGAGGAGAAAGUCAGGCCCUGGCCAGAGUCCAGCACUAUUUCUGGGACACAAAUGCUGUUGCUUCUUAUAAGGAGACUCGCAACGGUUUGAUGGGCGUGGAUUAUUCUACAAAAUUUGCACCUUGGCUGGCCAUCGGUUGCAUUUCACCCAGGUAUAUCUAUCAUCAGAUUAAGCAGUAUGAGACAGAGAGAACGGCCAAUCAGAGCACAUACUGGGUGAUUUUUGAGCUACUUUGGAGAGAUUAUUUCAGAUUUGUGGCUGUCAAGUAUGGAAACCGACUGUUUCAGGUCAAAGGUCUUCAGGACAAAUCUGUACAGUGGAAACAAGACAUGAGGCUUUUUACUGCGUGGAAAGAGGGGCGCACAGGAGUUCCUUUCGUUGAUGCCAACAUGAGAGAGCUGGCAUUGACGGGCUUCAUGUCCAACAGGGGGCGACAAAAUGUAGCAAGUUUCCUUACCAAAGAUCUGGGCCUGGACUGGAGGAUGGGCGCAGAGUGGUUUGAAUACCUCCUGAUUGAUUACGACGUGUGCAGCAACUAUGGCAAUUGGCUGUACAGUGCUGGUGUAGGCAACGACCCCAGAGAGAACAGGAAGUUCAACAUGAUUAAACAAGGCCUGGACUACGACAGUAAUGGUGACUACAUCCGUCAGUGGGUGCCGGAGCUGCAGAGGAUCGUGGGUGCUGAUGUGCACACACCCUGGACCCUCAGCUCUGCAGCUUUGUCCCAUGCACAGGUGACCCUAGGCGAGACCUACCCCACUCCAAUUGUCGUAGCCCCGGAGUGGAGCAGACAUGUGAACAAAAAAUCAAGUGCCUCAGGACCUUCACCUCGUGGAAAGAAAGGUCCAUCCCACACUCCUAAACAGCACCGGGACAGGGGCAUUGAUUUCUACUUCUCCAAGAGCAAAAACUUGUGAUCUAUCAUCAACAUAGAAUACUGAGCUAAUGGUCAGAUCACAGCUGACGCACAAAUCUGGACUGUUACUAUGUGGGACACCGUCUACAUUAGGGAACACGUGUUCCCACGGAUUUGACUAUUUAUUUUUGGCUGAUCUAAAUUUAUGCUUUCAGUUCUGUAGAAAAGCACAUUUGUAUAAACCUCCUCUCUUCUGAACGCUGUUUCCUGUUCUGCAGCAGCAGCAGAGGAAACACUUACACUGUGGUUUUCAGACAAUGAUCAGUCCAAAUAUUCUGCUCAGGCAUGUUUAGAUACACCGUGUUAGUAAACCUUUCAAACCUUAAUGUCAAAAGUGUUAUUUUACUAAAUAAAUAAAAAAGGCAAACUGAUCUUUUUGUCUUAUGAAAUUUUGUCCAACAGAGUUACUGUAGGAUUGGACAAUAUUUAGAUUAUCACGUGUUAUAUACAUAUUGUAAAACUUCAGUGAUGUCCGCAGUCUGUUUUUUUCUUCUUUUUUUCCUGUUGUGACAAAUAUACAUUUAUAAUAAUACAACUAUUGUCAUUAUUUUUUAUUCUUGUAAAUUUAAGACAAUAGAGUUGUACAUUUGGAAAUGUACAAUUCACGCAAAUACACUAUUGUUAUAAAUGUACAACUUUGUUGUCAUGCGGUUAUGCCGUUUUCCUACAUUACAUAAUAUCAAUGUUUCUUAUUUACAACUUCUUUUACAACUAAUUAAAUUAUUAAGACUUAAUAUUGACUCUUAACAACUCCAAUGGUUCUAUAAAUGUACAAAUGUGU